UGCGACUAAAUGAAACAAUCCAAUCACUUCAAAAGAGAAAUAUAACGAUGGAGAUGACCGCUUAGUAAGGGUUUAAAAGUUCAAAACGGGGUGACUUUAAACGGAACCAAAAUGAUCUUAACAAGGAGAGGCAAAGUUGCCACUUUUUUGAUUUUUAUCCUUGGUUUGACCACCUUUCUCUUGUACGCCUCAUACCAAGCGGAGUUCGGACAAGAAAUUAGCCAACCCACUCACAGCAAAAGAACAAUGGGUACAGUAAUCAGUCAAAAUGCUGUUCUAUUUCAAGCGUAUGCCACAGAAAAGACGACAGAGAAUUCAUCUCCAAAGGUUUUCAUUUAUCUCACUCAAACAGAGCAAUGUCUUCCUCCAACCUUGGCCUCUUCCUCCGAGAUCGGCGACCCCGAGACAUGUAACUGUGAUGUCAUAGUGCUAAGCUUUAGAAAAAAAUGCCAAGUGCAAAAGACGCCUCACAUCACUUAUCUGUUCAAUCCCAAUACUGGAUGGGGAACAGGACGAAAUGUGCUGUAUUUUGCUGUGAAAGCAAGAUUACCGAGAUACCUGUAUUACAUUUUUCUGGAUGACGAUGUGGUGCCUCGUUUCAAUUCAUUUGCCCCGCCAGAAAUGAGGAGGCAUCCACCGUUUAGAGUCUUCGAACACUGGCUUCUUGAUUAUGAGCCUGUUGUAGGCGUUUUGGAUAAUCAACAGCAUUAUGGGGCAAUCUGGGCCAUUGAGAAAGGUCGGACAAUAUGUAACAAGACGGACAGUCCCCUUGUGAUACCAACAGUAUGGUUCGAUGGUCUCUUCAAUGCAUAUCAUUAUAAAUCUAUUAACCAUCUUUUCCCUUACCGCACGCAGUAUGAAAAAAUAAGCUGGUGGUCGCUGCAUAGGUACAUGUUUACUGCCGUCGAACUGAUUUUUCGAGGUCAGGCAUUGAUGUUUGUGCCUGUUACUGCGGGUAAUCCCGCCCAUCGCUCAUACCCAAAGUCUUUAAAGGAAAUAGACACAUACUGGAGAGACUACAUCGACACAAUUCGAGAGGAAGCUCCUCUAGUUUACAGAAAUCAAUCCUUAUUUGAAGAUUUUAGGCAGAAUCUCGAGAACUACGUUAUCAACACGAAAACAUAUUGCAUGAAUGUAACACGUCAUCAAUCUAUAAAACCAUACGCUCAUUUUGAUAGUCAGACAGAGAUGUAGUUGAGGAGGUUAGUGAAGAGAUAAUUUCUAGCCGGGCUUUCAGUCCUUUUUUUUUUUAAUAAUACACAUAAAAAAUUACUCAGUUCUGAUUGGUUAAGAUAAGUGCAGUUUUCAGGUAAUUCAAUGCAGAAGACUGAGGGUUAAUUCAGUGCAAAGAGGUAACAAACCAGAUAUUCUGAUUAGUCAAUACUCAAAGAAACUCACAGAUAGCCACUCAAAUGCGAGCCAUGGAUGUCGCAACAUUUGGAUACGCUGAAAAUUUGCGAGCGAAACAAUGGCCGGCGUUUUAAAUAGAUUUUCUUUCGCCACCGAAACGACAACACAGCAGCUGAAAAACAGCUCUAACAACGAAAACACUGUAAAAAGCACUGCUUUUUGGUUGUCGGUUUGGAAAAAGUAGUGUUUAGAGACCCAGCUUAACACAUGAUUAUUAGCUUUGCUAGUACAUAAUUAUGAUGAGCUUUCUCGUAUUUUUUUCAUGGUUAUUAUUAUUACGUAAUCAAAUGAUUUUUCUCGUGCAAUGUGGAAUAAAUAAGCACAUGUUAAUUUUUUUAAGACCACAAAUUGCACUUGCCCUACGGGCUCGUGCAAUUUUGUUAGUCUUUGAAAAAAUUUACUCGUGCUAAUUUAUUCCAAAUUGCACUCGAAAUCAUGUGAUUGCCUAUACUUAUUUUGUCUUAAGUCUGGGCCCAAUCCAACCCGCUCACAUUAUAAGCGACUUUUUUGGUAAAUUUAUUUAACUGUAAUAGUCUUCAAAUUUGUCACUUGGUUUCAGAAAUAAUGAUUCCAUGUAAUAGAAAUAAAAGAAACGUGACUGCCUCCCUGUUUGCUUUUAAACCGAUUGGUACUAUUUAAUGUAAACAUAGCGAGGAUAUAUAAAGCAGGGAUUCGCUAUGGCAUGCACGAUAUUAUUAUACGUGCACAAUUAUUGAAUAUCUCCUAAUUAAAGUAAAUUAAUACUUUACGGAAUCUGAGGUGACUCUGCAACUUUUGUUUUGACCUCCAUUUUCAAACGGAAAUGAAAAUCAACUCAAAGGUCGCGGAGCCACCUCAGAGUCCAUUAAACUAUUAAGUAAUGAAGGAGAAUCUACAUUUCCGUCCUUGUCUAUUUUGGUACUGAAAACUUUUAUAACUUGGUGACCCACUGACCGCUUCACAUAGUCGAACCUCUAACCUCUGAUGACAGUCGGUGUACGUCAUACCAAUUCUAUGGGCCCUGUCCACUCUUCUACGGGUAUUUUUGAAUCCGUAACUAUCUUGAGAGGGAUUUUUAAAAAAAUUGUGUUCACACGCAUCGUAUUCGAAUCGUUUUAAUCCUUCCUAACGUAUCCGAUACGUAUCCGGAUAUCUCGAGGCUUUCUUCAACGGUGCAUGUGCACUAUCAAGAAACUUGAGUCUGUGAUAAAUAUAAGCAGCAUUUGUGUUUGUUUGUA